CUGUCGGAUGCAAGGAUCUGACGGACACGGAGCUUUACGGCUGGCAGGACCCUUACGUGGUGCUGCAGUACGGCUCACAAUGCAAGCGCACAGCCACUCACAAAGACGGCCACACGACCCCCAGGUGGAACGAGACCGUCCGCAUCAACUACCAGCCCAACGUGUUUGACCUGACGGUGGGCGUGUGGAACGAGAACACCUUCAGCCAAGACAGCCCCAUUGGCGGCUGCAAGGUGAGUAUCACCGCCGCGCUGGAUGCAGGGGUGUUUGACACGUGGCAUCCUCUUUACACAUCAAAGCAAGUGAAGAAGGGCAGCAUUCGCCUGAGAAUCAAAUACCAUCCA